GAUUGACGUUUCGCGGGCGGGGUGACAUCACUAUCGUUUUCUGGUUGUGUUGUGUCAGUCACUCGCAGAAUGACGCAGUAGAAGGUCGUUUCAGAGAUGGCGAGCUUCCCAGUAUGAAAAUACAGUUUUAUGGCGAGGUAAAAACAUUCAGUUUGGGAAGAAAAAAUGUCUGCAGACUCUCCAAGGCGUGGUGUGCAUAAAGGAGCUCAAGUUGUAUCACCGCAACCAAUAGUCGAUCGAACGAUCAUAGAUAGUGUUGCAGGAAUUAUUAAUGAUAUUGUCCCACAGGCUUACACUGGCACACCAAAUUCAGAUAACACAGAGUCUAUAUCAUGGGCACGGUUUGAGUAUGCAGACAUAAAUGACCCUGCUUUGUACCCAGACUACAAUGAAGGCUCUAAUACACCACCUCUAUUAUUGGUGCUUGGUUAUGCAACUGGAGUUCAGGUAUGGUUGAUAGCAGCAACAGGAGAAGCAACAGAAGUGUUAUCAUGGCGUCAAGGAGUGGUCCGCACUCUGAGAAUUCUACCAAAUCCAAAGACUGACGAUGAACAUGUCGAUCUGUUUGACUUGAAACGGCCAAUGGUAGCAGUAUGUGAUUCAGCUGGACCUGGACCACAAUUUUGCAACAUUAGUUUCAUUUCGCUAAAAACUGGGGAACAAGCUAAAAGCAUAAAAUUUAAAAAUCCUGUUUGUGACAUUUUGGCAAAUAAGCGAUCAAUAGUAGUAACGUUUUUAGAAAAAAUUGCAGUGUUUGAUGCUCGAACAUUGGAAGAUGUGUUAACAGUCACCACAUGCUAUGCCAGCCCUGGCCCAAAUCCAAAUCCUGUUGCAUUAGGGAUGAGAUGGCUUGCUUACAGCGAAAAAAAAUUAUUACCAGCGAAAAGAAGCAGCGGGGGCUGCGAGGGGGAAGGAGUUCAAAGUUAUACAGCGGCUGUUCUUUACGCUGCAAAAUCUUUAGGAAAAGGUUUGCGUGGCUUAGGAGAGACCGUUGCAUCGAGUUUAACCGGAAAUUCGGUGUCGCCGGUAGUUAUCAAUAAUACGGGCAGUGAUGUGACCCAACCAGGCGUGAUUACGAUAUUAGAUCUCCAAGCAGCAAAAGAGGAGAAAGAAUUAGAUGAUGCAAAUAUAGAGACUGUAAUUGCUCAUUUUACUGCCCAUAGUGAUGCAAUCGUUGCCAUGACUUUUGAUUUAAGCGGUGCGUUGCUACUGACCGCUGACAAACGGGGGCAUGAUUUUCAUGUAUUUAGAAUUCAGCCGCAUCCAGGGGGUCCUGCUUUGGCAGCAGUACAUCAUUUGUAUAUUUUACAUCGCGGAGAUACCACUGCUAAAGUGCAGGACAUGGUAUUUUCGAGCGAUACACGUUGGGCAGCAAUUUCAACUGUACGGGGUACCACUCACGUGUUUCCGGUCGCACCAUACGGUGGGCCGGUAGGAGUGCGAACUCAUUCCACACCUCAUGUUGUAAAUAGACUUUCAAGAUUUCAUAGAAGCGCAGGUUUAAUGGAUGAUGGCACCAGAUCCCAUUCUCCUGUUUCUCAUACAGAGUUGCCUUUGUCAAUAUAUCCGUAUUCUAAUCCAAGACUUCCUCCGUAUCCUCAUCCAACUGUUCUACACCCGCUAGCACAGAUACGACAACCAUCUUCGUUAAAUCACGUAAACAAUCAAGCUCAACAAAGUAGGCCGCAGCAGAGACAACGAUUGCACUCCGACGAUAGCGGAAUCUUAUCAUUAAAAAUAUGUGCUUGCUUUGCACCCCCAAGAGCUUGGAUGUAUGCACAAAGAGAAUCUACUGCCAAAGUUAUGAAGAGGGCAGUCGAUUCUUUGUUUAUCAUGGCGUGUCACGGAAACAUGAUACAAUACGAUUUAGAACCGAAACCAGCUGCAGGCAUACCAAAAGAGAAAGUGUGCGACGAUACGACGAUAGAACUCGAAGUUGAAGCCAAAGGCCAAUGGCCUCUCUUAAGAUGCCCGAAUUCUUUAGAGAUUCUGCCUCCUUUGUCAACAUCUAGCCCUUUGCUGAGCGUUGUUACUGUACCUAAAGACAGUCAAGACGUCGAUGUAGCAGAGGAUCGUUGGCUAAGUCAAGUAGAAAUUGUAACACACGCUGGUCCACAUAGGAGGCUUUGGAUGGGACCUCAAUUUGUUUUCAAAACGUACAAUGCAACUAGCGGAGCUCCUGUGAAUCUCGUUGAAGCUGAGGCUGUUGAAAUCGGGGUAACCGGUGUGUCUCGUCCCGCGAGAUCAAAUCCUGUCAAUAUGCCACGUGCUGCAUCUAGGUCGUUGGUACCUGUGGUUAUCGAUGGAUCAGGAAAUAAUGUACUGAUACUCUCGACCUAUUUUCCAGGCAGCUACGAGCAGUCGCCAAGGUUCAUGGAAGCUUACGGUGAUUCCUUAGAUAGCGAAAAUACGGGUGUUGGUAACGGCGAGAACCAAUUGAGAGAAGACCUCGCCGAAGCAAUGCUGGAGACCUCCAUUGCGCCGCACCGUGCCCCAGGGAGGCGAUCGGUAUUUGAGAGGGUGGGUCAACCGGUAACUAAAGUCGUCAACCCUCUGGGCACCGUGAUUACCGUGUCCGCCGACGAGGAAGACGCUAACUCCAGUCUGGAGUUCGAUUCCGCGGAGGAGUGCCACGUGCCGGAACCACCUAGAAGUGUGUGCGCCGAGGAAGGCCCUGCGUCGCUCGGCGAUUUCGAGCCGGAGAGCCAAACGCUCCGCGACCUCACCGAGAUCUGCGCGGAAAUGCGUUCAGCCAGUGAGCCCGCGAUCGACAGCGUUCCCGACGAAGAUAUCUGCGAGGUGAAAGAAAAAAAACUGCUCUGCGUGGAGAUCGCCCCGCUCGCCAAUCCCGGGAGCUGUUCCAUCGACUUCGAGAAGGAGGAAGCGUUUCGAGACAUGCCCACCAGUCUGAGUCUCUGCGUCGAACAGGGGGAGAUACCCAGCAGCCCGAUGACCCAGGCCAAAGAGACCACCUGGGGAAAGAGAUUCGACAGAAAGGAGGAAAAGUCAACUCACGAGAGAACCGUGCCCGAGGCGCAGUACGUCGUUAACUGUAGCGACGACAGCGUCGUCCUGGUAGAGAACAAAUCGGCUCAAGGUCGAAGAAACGCCCCCGCGCACUGCAAGAAAGCUCCCGAGCUAGAGAGACCGAAGAAAUUGAGUAGAAACGCGCCUGCCGCCAGCUCUGGGAAGCGAGAGUUCAAAGCUCCGAUGAAGAAGUACAUAUUAAAGGAACACGAGGACAGCAUCGUGGUCGAGGACACUCGCGAAGAGUUCAAGAACAGUUGCAAGAGAAAGGUAUGCGAGAAGACUAUACUCGAGGAAUCGAAGAGCAAGAGCAGCGAGAGCAAAGUUGAAUCUUCAAAGGAGACGGGAAAGUCCAAGAGCAAAUCGAAGUCUUCCGCGACUCAGGAUAGCAAAGAAGCGAAGGUAACGGUUGAGAAGGAGAGUAAAUACUCUGGGAAUAUACCCGAGCCAAUCGUCGAAUUGGGAUACGUAGCCGAAGAUACGGAUAAAGCGGAGGAAUCGAAGUCCGAGGAUAUCGACAAGUACAAAUCCCCACCGUCGGAGUCAACGGACGAUUUCAGCUCCAGCGAGUAUCACAUAGUCGAGACUCCGUGCUGCAGCAAAGAAGGUACGUUGGUUCAGUCUGACGAGGAUAUCGAGCAUAUCCAGAGAUCCGAGAUUACUCAAUUGCAGCAGGCUGAGUGCAUCGACGGCGAAAAGUGUGCGGAGUCCCCUGUUAUGCAACGGAAGAACAGCAAGAACACUAUAUCUGACGACGAUCUGGAGUACAUACACAGUUCCGAGCUUGUAGAAACGCCCGACAAGAAGAGCAAAGAGGAUCUGCAGCUCGAGGCUGAGAAAAGCGACUACGACUCGUCCGCCAGCAAACGUACGCUCUCUGACGACGACAUAGAACACGUGCAGCACUCCGAUGUCUGUCCUGUGGCGUCUGAAGUGGUUAAAGACGAUUGUGAGAAAGUCAUGAAGAAGUCCCAGGAGACUCCCGUGGAACAGAAGCCGAAGAGCGUUAAGAAAACAAAGGACAUCGUGGUGAUCGAAAGUGACUCGUCCGCAGCCGACGUGACAGUGAUCAUCAAGGAGAGUUGGAGGUCUAAAAGCGUGGAAAAGAAAGAUGAUCUGGAAGAGUGUACUAAAGACACAGGGAUCGGCGAAUCUCUUAGUCCCCUGAAGAAGAUCAAGUCCCGUCAAGCCAAGACAUCGCCCUCCAACGUUCCACCGAAACGUUCCCAAGCUGGUAUCGAGAUCAUCGACAUCGACGCGAUGCAGAAGGCAGAGAUGGAGGUACUGACCGACGCAGUGUCGGCUCCAGAGUGUAAAAUCCUGUCUGGACCAGAGGUCAGCGUGACUCGACCCAAGAAAUCUCGGAAGAAUAAAAAAUCCAACACCGAGAGCAACCCUCAGUUCGAGGUUUCGACCGAACCGAGGGCUGUAGAAGAAACUGCGAAGGAGUCGAGCUCCCAGAAGCCAGCCGAGUUCUCCUGGAGCGCCAUCGUCAAGAAGAAGAGUAUCUCCGUGGAACGAGAGAUACCCAAGGAAGACGAUAAACUCGUCGAGGUGGAGGAUACACCCGAAUCCGUAGAAACUGCAAAAUGGAAUCCUGCAAAGAAGCCAGACUUAGGAAAGAAGAAGCUACAAGAAACUUGGUCGAAGAAGAGCUCGGAAGUGAAGAGUUCGCAGGUGGUCGACAAGCUUCGAGAGGCCGUCACCGAGUUGGACUCUGGAGAGCCUGUCGUCGAGCCAGUUGAGAUAUCUUGGAGCUCCAUCGUGAGGAAGAACUCGAUGGAGGAGAAAAAGGACGGCGUUGAAGCAAAUCCGGAAGAACAGAGCGUCGAAGGUAAGAAAACUCGUCGAAAGCACGAGUCUUCGUUUCGGUCCUCGGCCAUGAUCGACAAGCUCCGCGAGGCCGUCACCGAAUUGGACUCUGGAGAGCCUCCAGCUCCUACAGCUGACAUUUCUUGGAGUUCUAUAGUGAGGAAGAAGAACCCUGUGGACCAGGAGACGAAGAAGGAGCCCGAUUUCGAGCCCAUCACGGAGGAAUUGGACACUCUUCCCGAAGUAAAGAACACCGAAAAUCUCGAGACUUCUUCAUUUAGAUCAACAAUGAUCGACGAAAUGGUAGACCAAUCCGAACUCCCCGCGAAGGAGACGUUUGUUAUCGAGCCCAUUCUCACGGAACCUCCGAUUUCCACGGUAACCGUCUCCGAAGAAACGCUAGUUCCUGGAGAAACGGAGGUGGAAGUGGAACGUAGUUCCUGGAGUUCCAUAGUCAAGAAAAGAGCUGCUUCGUUGGAGCCCGAGGUGCAAAAGGAAUCGCAGGCCGAAGCCAGCGAGAAGGUGGAUGUAAGCGAGUCCGAGAUGAGAUCUUUUGGGAGCAAACUCUUGGACAGUUUGGAAGGUAAACCGUCAGGGAGCCGUCUUUUCAACAUUUUCGUCACGCAAGUUAAGAGAUUCGAGAAGCCUUCGAAGCUCGAGGGAUCUAGCGACGAGAGGGAGUACGAUUUCGAUGGCUCGUCAAAGGUGGAACCGCUCCCCGUGGAUCUAGCGUUCUUGAAAGAGGACUCGUCCGAGCCCGAACGAGAUCCCGAGAAGAGAAGCGAUUCCGAGCAGGAGGUCGUGCCCGAACGUUCGAGCUCCUCCGACGAGCUGAACGCCAACGUGGUGUUCGCGAACGUGGAGGGAGAUUAUACAGGCCGAGAGGUGGUCGAAAGGAGCCCCGCCAAUGGCGCGACCACCUCGGUCUGCUCCACCUUCAAGAAAAGCAACAAAUGGUCGAAGAAAAAAAAACGCAGAUGAGUAGAGGAUUGCAUGGAUGUGCCUGGGGCCAGCCUUGCCCUUUAUAUACUCCUGAUGCAAGUCGCGGGAGCCGAUUAGCGAGAGUGUUCGCCGAGAAUUUUUAAAUUCUCGUCCCUCUAGUCUGGUCGUUUUGAAAAAUAAGAUGCAUCUUAGAAACAUAUGAACAUUUUGGGGGGAAUUGCUUGGCCCGAGUGUCUGAACGCGUCGGAUUUGAUAUUUUUUGGUGGAUCUUUCAAGUAGUAUCAUUUUUAAUUUCUUGAGGGAGGAAUUUUUAAUUUUGGACUUUUUGCAGGAAUUUGUUGUAGUAUAUUUUAUUGAAAGUAACAUCAAUAUGGAGUAUAUUGAGUAUAUUGUUUCAAGUUAAUAUUGUGUAUUUUUAAUUUUGAAAGGCAUUGUGAUCGUAAAGAAGGGUAAUUUUUAUAUAUUAAUUAUACUGUUUAGAAGAUAAGACGUGUUCGUUUAAAUAUUACUUUUUUUUUGUGCCUGUAAAAAUAUGAAUUUCCAUACACAUUCGCAGUCUAGUUAUGAAUGAUUGAAUAUAAAGGCACAGAAUUAAUUACUUCGCCUGAUGAAAGCAAAUGUACACACACGUGUCGAUAUCUCUCAAGAGAUUAAACCAUAAUUUUUAUUGAACAGAGAAUGGAUCAGUAGUUAUAGUUGCAGUUUAUUCAUUAUUCGAAGUUUCUACUCGAUGAGAUAACAAACUUUUAGUUGAAAAUUGGUGAAAAUUAUACGAAAUUCGCCAGUUUUUCAUCUCUUUUUCACAACACUGGAAAUGAAGGAAGAUUAUUCCAAUACAAAAAAAAGAUUUCACGCGAGACGCUCGGUGAAAACUGUUCUAAGAUAACAAGGGCAAGGCUGUACCGUCGGAUGUGCGUCCGUUGACGUUCGAUCGAAUGCAUAAAAUGAUUAAAAAGGAAAAAAAUAUUGUCACGUAGAACUUUUCGAAACGAAACUUCUAUAUAACAAAAACACAAAAA